ACGGCGAUGGCAGCAGGAAAGAGGUCUGCACCGGUUACUGGGGUACGUCCUUGUCUUUCCGUGUGCAGAGCCUGGAGUGAACAUACGGUUCCAGGGCCCUUCGAAGAAACGCAAACUCGGCCCCGCCAAACAACCCUCGAAACAAGUCGGGCCCCCCAAAAAUAUAAUGUCAAGCCGAAGGACAAGAACAAGCAGAAGGCAGCGGACAGAGGAAUGAUCCCCGUACCUGCUAAUGCCAGCGAUGAUGAGGCAGAUCUCUCGGACCAGGAUGUAGAGCUAUUGGAAGAAUAUGGCGAUGCCCUCUCGUUCUUGGAUGGCCUGGAUCAGAAAGCGAUUUCAAGGAGCAAAAAAGAAACAGAAAGACUGCGACAAUUGCAAAAACCGAUCAGGAAAGCACCUGAAGUGGACGAUCUUCCGUCGCUCGACUCGGACGGGGAGGAGGACGAGGACGAGGACGAUUGGAGCUCUGGGAUGAUAUCGGAGGAGGACGGGGGCUCAUCCGGCUUCUCUGAAAGUGGAAUGGACUCCGCUUUGGACUCGGACUCGGAUGCUGAGAUGCCCUACGAAAUUGCGCCCGGAAACACAGGCCAUCCUGGGAUUCCGCGAAGGAUACCGCAAUCGAACGGCUACCUAUCAAGUUGGCCAACGGGCGUCGAAGACAGUAGCGAAGAGAGCGAGGAGGAAGACGAACGAGUCGAGGAGCCCGCACGAGAAGAUGUUGCCACGGGUGCCAGAUUUGGGCGUCCCGCCGUCGUCGACAUUUUGAGCAACCAAUCCCGGAGUCACCGGAUCCAAGGAGCAAAGGAGCAGAUUGCCAGUAUCUGUCAGGAUAUCAUGGCUGAUCCUGAAGGCAGCCUCGGUCUUCUACGUCGUUUGCAUACGUUCUCUCUCGCUCAAGUAUCAACGCCGACACAUCCUGAUCCCGUUCCUAAUGACCCCGUGAUCCGCAAACUCGCAAUCCUUUCCCAGCUCGCAGUAUUCAAAGACAUCAUCCCUGGAUACCGAAUCCGUGCAUUAUCGGACAAGGAGAAAGCGGAAAAAGUUAGCCAGAUGGUCGCACGAACACGAGAAUGGGAACAAGGACUAGUGGUGGUCUAUCAGAACUAUUUGCGAGCGCUUGAAGCUGAGCUGAAAGCCAAAAGUGAACUCGCUGAUAUCGCUCUGGGGGCGAUGUGCACGCUACUGACAGAACUGAUACAUUUCAACUUUCGCGUGAAUCUCAUGAACUGCAUCGUGGCAAGACUGAGUAGAAAGUCCUGGGACAAGAUGUCGCAAAACUGUCUCGACACGUUGGUGAAAACGUUCAAAAAUGAUGUCACUGGCACAGCAUCGCUCGAAAUCGUUCGUGUGAUCAACCGGAUGGUCAAGGAAAAGCGAUUCAAUGUGAACCCCAAUGUGUUGACAUGUCUCAUGCAUCUCCGGCUCAAAACGGAACUGGGCGUCCGCUCAUCUGACUCGCACGCGGACAAGCCCGACCAGCCCAAACGCAGCUCGGCCAGUAAGGAUGCUGCAAGACGAUCAAAGGGAAAGGCCACGUCCCAGCCCCAUCUCAGUAAAGCGGCGCGGAAGGUCGCGAAAGAGAAGCGAGAGAUCGAUCGCGAGUUCCGGGAAGCUGAGGCACAAGUUGAUAAAGAGGAGAGGUCUGCCACCCACACCGAGACGCUCAAGCUGCUAUUCGUUCUGUAUUUCAAGAUCAUCAAGCACGACAGGCCCACUGCAUUGCUACCCGCAGCUUUGCAAGGGAUAGCCAGAUACUCGCAUCUCGUCAACAUUGACUUUUUCCGUGAUCUCCUCAAAGUCCUGAAGGACUUGGUGGUGCGCGAGAUCGAGAGCGAAGAAGACGAUGAGCCAGACAUGACACGUGAUGUGCGACUUCGUCUCCAGUGCAUCGUGACUGCAUUCGAGCUAUUGAGUGGACAAGGUGAAGCAUUGAACAUUGAUCUCAGUGACUUUAUAACCCAGUUAUAUGCUCUCCUUCUCCCUCUGAGCUUGUCAGACAUUGAGCCUGAAGUGACGGAGCAGUUGUUCCGCGCGUUGGAGCUGUCGUUUGCGCCGAGAUCAGCUGGAAGUGCAGCACCACCUUGGCGGGCCGCAGCAUUUGCAAAACGGCUGCUUACAGCAUCGUUACACUGGUCUCCAAAAGCAGCUCUUCGCUCCAUCAAGUUCGUUGCAGGGCUGAUUGGCCGAGAUGGGAAGAUCGCGGCCAUGCUGUCGACGGAAGAGCGUGCGCUGGAUGGCAGCUACCGACCGGAAGUGGAUGAUCCCCAGUUGUGCAAUCCCUUUGGCACGUGCUUCUGGGAGCUUCCUGCUCUGAGCAGUCAGCACUGGGAUCCUGACGUCCGUUCCGAGGCUGCCAAAGUCUUAUCGUCCAGUCGAGCGUAGGUCGAGUACCCGAGUCCUGUAUUCGAAUAGGCCAGGCCGAUCGGCAAUCUCUUUCACCAGAAGCAAAUCCGCUCGUUUGCAUGACUUGUCGGUGGAUAUCUCACCAACAGCGUCCGAGAGACCGACAUCGGCCGCCG